AUGGACACGAAAUCCGAUGAACUCCUCUUCCUCGCGUCGCAGCUCAAACAAUCCCUUACCACCUUAAUCCCGACCGAACCGCCUUUCUCCAUCUCUAUAGUCGACGUCUCCGCGUCUCCGUCAUCCGCGGCUCCCGUUACAAGCACACCAUUCCCUACAAUCUCCGUCUCCGACGUCCUCGCGUCGAAUCCAGACGCCGCCGCGAAAUCCGCCGCGUCUCUCGCCACGGAUCGCGGAGAGGCGGUGCAGGCGGUGACCGACGCGCUGAAGCGGUUCGUGCGGGGGAAGUGGGACGCGGGCGCGCUGGCGGGCGCGGCGGGGAUCGGGGGGAGCGGCGGAACCGCCAUCAUUGCGCCCGCGCUUAAGGAACUUCCCGUCGGCGUUCCCAAGAUUAUUGUCUCCACCGUCGCCAGUGGCAACACCGCACCGUACGUGGGAACGUCGGACCUGCUGCUGCUCCCAUCAGUGGCGGACGUGGCGGGGCUGAACGCCAUUCUCCGCGCAGCCCUCUCCUCCGCCGCCGCUGCCCUUGCUGGCAUGCUGCUCCUGCGCGCCCUGCCCGCCCAACCGCCUUCCCCUGCGGCUGGGGAGGCUGCUCUGGGCGUGUGUGCGCCUGUGACGGUGGGGAUCACGAUGUUUGGGGUUACCACCCCGUGUGUUACGGAGGUGCAGCGCCUGCUCAGCAGCAAGGGCGGGAAGGAGGGCAAGGAGGGGGGCGCAGAGGCUGUGGAGACGGUGGUGUUCCAUGCGACGGGCACGGGGGGAAGGGCCAUGGAGGAGAACGUUGCGUCUGGACUCAUUCAGGCUGUGCUGGACAUCACAACAACGGAGGUAGCGGACUUCAUAGCAGGCGGCACCAUGCCGUGCCUGCCCACCAGGUUCGAUGCCGCCAUUCAGAGGAAGGUUCCUCUCGUGCUCAGCCUGGGGGCGCUCGACAUGGUCAACUUCGGAGAAGCUUCCUCCGUGCCCAAGGAGUUUGAGGGGCGCACCCUGCACGUGCACAACCCGCAGGUCACCCUCAUGCGCACAACGGCCGACGAGAACCGUCGGAUCGCGCAGUUCAUCGCAGGCAAGAUGAACCAAUCACAGGCGCCCGUGACGCUGCUGGUGCCUGAGGGCGGGCUGUCGGCCCUAGACGCCCCGGGCAUGGCCUUCUGGGACCCCGCUGCUGACGCUGCUCUGUUUGAUGAGCUGGAGAAACAAGUGGUGCAGACGGAUAGCAGGAAGAAUCUUGAGCAAAGAGGUUUUGCUGAUGGCAACAGGGAAAUGGGUGGUGUGUGCUGUGGGGGAGACAAGUGGUGUGUGCUGUGGGGGAGACAAGUGGUGUGUGCUGUGAAGGACCUGAACCUCUCACUCACUCUAUCUCUAUCAUUCUUCCUCUCCCAUUCCUUCUCCCACCCACUACUCCCUCCCGCUUUCUCCCCCUCACAGAUCAUUCGUGUGCGUCACCACAUCAACGAUCCUGCCUUUGCUGCUGCCCUCGUCAAUGCUCUCUUGCCCCUCCUCCCAUCCACCCAACCCCUCUCACCUCCUCCUCCUCUUCCCACUGCUUCUGCCGCGGAUCCUUCUGCUUCCACCGCUACUCCCUCACCCGCUGAACCAACCACCAUCACCUCCCCUUCCGCACCCCUCUCCACCACUCUCAACCCACCCCCUGCUUUCGACCUCACCCCAAUCCCCUGGCUAGUAACCCGUCGCACCGCCAUCCUGCACUCCCUGCGAGCCCAAGUGGCAGCAGGCGCCAAGUGUGAGGAGAUGGGCGGAGUGGAUCUCAUUGUCAUCUACAACUCGGGCCGCUUCCGCAUGGCUGGGCGCGGGUCGCUGGCAGGGUUGCUGCCUUUCGCCGAUGCCAAUGCUGUGGUGGAGGACAUGGCUAAAGAGGUUCUCCCGCAUUGCGAGGAGAUGGGAGGUGCACGCACGGGGAUAAGCGCCAAGUGUGAGGAGAUGGGCGGAGUGGAUCUCAUUGUCAUCUACAACUCGGGCCGCUUCCGCAUGGCUGGGCGCGGGUCGCUGGCAGGGUUGCUGCCUUUCGCCGAUGCCAAUGCUGUGGUGGAGGACAUGGCUAAAGAGGUUCUCCCGCAUUGCGAGGAGAUGGGAGGUGCACGCACGGGGAUAAGCGCCAAGUGUGAGGAGAUGGGCGGAGUGGAUCUCAUUGUCAUCUACAACUCGGGCCGCUUCCGCAUGGCUGGGCGCGGGUCGCUGGCAGGGUUGCUGCCUUUCGCCGAUGCCAAUGCUGUGGUGGAGGACAUGGCUAAAGAGGUUCUCCCGCAUUGCGAGGAGAUGGGAGGUGCACGCACGGGGAUAAGCGCCAAGUGUGAGGAGAUGGGCGGAGUGGAUCUCAUUGUCAUCUACAACUCGGGCCGCUUCCGCAUGGCUGGGCGCGGGUCGCUGGCAGGGUUGCUGCCUUUCGCCGAUGCCAAUGCUGUGGUGGAGGACAUGGCUAAAGAGGUUCUCCCGCAUUGCGAGGAGAUGGGAGGUGCACGCACGGGGAUAAGCGCCAAGUGUGAGGAGAUGGGCGGAGUGGAUCUCAUUGUCAUCUACAACUCGGGCCGCUUCCGCAUGGCUGGGCGCGGGUCGCUGGCAGGGUUGCUGCCUUUCGCCGAUGCCAAUGCUGUGGUGGAGGACAUGGCUAAAGAGGUUCUCCCGCAUUGCGAGGAGAUGGGAGGUGCACGCACGGGGAUAAGCGCCAAGUGUGAGGAGAUGGGCGGAGUGGAUCUCAUUGUCAUCUACAACUCGGGCCGCUUCCGCAUGGCUGGGCGCGGGUCGCUGGCAGGGUUGCUGCCUUUCGCCGAUGCCAAUGCUGUGGUGGAGGACAUGGCUAAAGAGGUUCUCCCGCAUUGCGAGGAGAUGGGAGGUGCACGCACGGGGAUAAGCGCCAAGUGUGAGGAGAUGGGCGGAGUGGAUCUCAUUGUCAUCUACAACUCGGGCUGCUUCCGCAUGGCUGGGCGCGGGUCGCUGGCAGGGUUGCUGCCUUUCGCCGAUGCCAAUGCUGUGGUGGAGGACAUGGCUAAAGAGGUUCUCCCGCAUUGCGAGGAGAUGGGAGGUGCACGCACGGGGAUAAGCGCCAAGUGUGAGGAGAUGGGCGGAGUGGAUCUCAUUGUCAUCUACAACUCGGGCCGCUUCCGCAUGGCGGGGCGCGGGUCGCUGGCAGGGUUGCUGCCUUUCGCCGAUGCCAAUGCUGUGGUGGAGGACAUGGCUAAAGAGGUUCUCCCGCAUUGCGAGGAGAUGGGAGGUGCACGCACGGGGAUAAGCGCCAAGUGUGAGGAGAUGGGCGGAGUGGAUCUCAUUGUCAUCUACAACUCGGGCCGCUUCCGCAUGGCUGGGCGCGGGUCGCUGGCAGGGUUGCUGCCUUUCGCCGAUGCCAAUGCUGUGGUGGAGGACAUGGCUAAAGAGGUUCUCCCGCAUUGCGAGGAGAUGGGAGGUGCACGCACGGGGAUAAGCGCCAAGUGUGAGGAGAUGGGCGGAGUGGAUCUCAUUGUCAUCUACAACUCGGGCCGCUUCCGCAUGGCUGGGCGCGGGUCGCUGGCAGGGUUGCUGCCUUUCGCCGAUGCCAAUGCUGUGGUGGAGGACAUGGCUAAAGAGGUUCUCCCGCAUUGCGAGGAGAUGGGAGGUGCACGCACGGGGAUAAGCGCCAAGUGUGAGGAGAUGGGCGGAGUGGAUCUCAUUGUCAUCUACAACUCGGGCUGCUUCCGCAUGGCUGGGCGCGGGUCGCUGGCAGGGUUGCUGCCUUUCGCCGAUGCCAAUGCUGUGGUGGAGGACAUGGCUAAAGAGGUUCUCCCGCAUUGCGAGGAGAUGGGAGGUGCACGCACGGGGAUAAGCGCCAAGUGUGAGGAGAUGGGCGGAGUGGAUCUCAUUGUCAUCUACAACUCGGGCCGCUUCCGCAUGGCGGGGCGCGGGUCGCUGGCAGGGUUGCUGCCUUUCGCCGAUGCCAAUGCUGUGGUGGAGGACAUGGCUAAAGAGGUUCUCCCGCAUUGCGAGGAGAUGGGAGGUGCACGCACGGGGAUAAGCGCCAAGUGUGAGGAGAUGGGCGGAGUGGAUCUCAUCGUCAUCUACAACUCGGGGCGCUUCCGCAUGGCGGGGCGCGGGUCGCUGGCAGGGCUGCUGCCGUUUAGCGGUGGCUGUCAGGGCACCAGCCUGCCUGUAGUAAGUGGCUGUGAGCGACAGGUGCUGCCGUUUGCUGAUGCCAAUGCUGUCGUGGAAGAUAUGGCUAAGGAGGUGCUGCCAGUGAGUGUGAUUGUAGGGAGAGGUGCUGCCGGUAAUCAAGUCAGUGCCAGUGCUGGCAGGAGUGUCAUCAAAUCAGUGCCGGUGCUAGCGGGGGUGUGUGCAACGGACCCUUUCCGCCAGAUGCCCCUCUUCCUGCGCCGCCUCGCCGCCCUCGGCUUCGCGGGAGUCCAAAACUUCCCCACCGUCGGCCUCUAUGAUGGCUCUUUCCGCACCAACCUAGAGGAGACCAACAUGGGGUACCCGCUCGAAGUCGCCAUGAUUAAAACGGCUAAUGUGGUGGUGGCGCAUAUGGGGCUCACGGCAGCGGGCAGCAUAGGGGCGAGAACGGUGUGCUCUCUGGAGGAAGCGGUGGGGCGAGUGCAACGCAUGGCUGAUGCUGCUAGAGGGGUGAACCCCGACGUUCUCGUGCUCAUAGGGGCGAGAACGGUGUGCUCUCUACAGGAGGCGGUGGGGCGAGUGCAGCGCAUGGCUGACGCUGCUAGAGGGGUGAACCCUGACGUGUUCGUGCUGUGCCACGGUGGUCCCAUCAACGGGCCAGAGGAGGCGUGCUACAUACUGCAGAACACGCGGGGGGUGCACGGCUUCUAUGGCGCGUCCAGCAUGGAGCGCCUGCCCGUGGAAAGUGCCAUCACAGACAACCUCAAGGCCUACAAGGCCAUUCGCCUGCCUGCUUAA